UUUUGAAUAGUCACAAAUUCAAGAUGGCGACUACCACUUGUAAAAUAGUUCAAAUUUUGAGACGUCCAUUAUCAACGAUUUGGAGUUCUAAAGCCUCCCUAGUGAAGACAGUCCCCCAAACUCAAGACUUGGUCAGAUUUCAUUCACAGUUAUCAAGAUUAGUGUAUCUGAAGAAUGGAUUGUCUCUGGGAAGGUGUUUGUUUAGUUAUCCUACAGGCUCAACACUACCAAAACCAACACUUGUUGCGCAAUGUGUAAGACUGAGUAGUUCACCAUACACAACAUCAAGUCAGCAUACACAACAAGUACAGACUAAUGAGGAUGAACCAGACAAGCUGUAUAAAUGGAUUGAACUCAAGGUCAAAGGUCAUGAUGAUGCUGUUCUGGACAGCUACACUAAGUAUGUAAAUCUUGCUGCCACUGAACUGGAUAUCCAGAUAGAAAGCAUAGCUAAACCAUUCAGAAACAUUAGGAGACUAACUCUACUGAAGUCAAGACAUGUGUACAAGAAGCACAGGGUACAGUACGAGAUGAGAACGUACUACAGAGUGAUUAAACUGAAGCAUUUAACAGGUUCCACAGCUAGUGUGUUCUUAGAGUAUAUUCAAAGAAAUUUACCUGAAGGUGUUGCAAUGCAAGUUCAGAAGUGUUCAAUCGAGAAGUUACCUGCUCAUCUGCAGUCUCCUCCCGAGGAAUUGGAAGAAGAUCUUGAGGUGACAUCAUCUUCCUCCUCAUCCUCAUCAGAAUCAGAAGAUGAAUCGCAAGACAAGACAUCAUGAUACUCACCGUCUCUGAAUUGAAAUUCUAGUCUUGUUGCAGAACCAUCACAUAUGGGUGCUAUGUAUUCGUGUGUAAUUGAGAUUUACAGACAUGUAUCAAUCAGAUGUGGUUAUUUACAUGUACGUCACCAACCGAAAGAUUUGACCAAUGCUCGAACCUCUCUACCAAUUUGUAACUUACAAGAAUACCUGUGCACACCACUAUGCCCAGUUGUGGCUUGGGAUUUGCUAGAAGACGAGAGACAUAUGUAACUCAGUAAUUAGAAUAUUGAUGAAUUUCAUUAUUAUUGACAAAGAUUAUCUAAGUCUAAUUUCUUUCGAUCAUGGAAAUGUGUUUGGCUUAAAGCAAAAUAUUGAACUUUGAAGAUGUCUAUAGCACGUGCAAAAUGCAUGCGAUGAUUUGGAAAAUAUUCUUUGACUGAGGCAAUCAUUUGACCAGUAUGUCAUAUCAAUUCCCUUAUAUGAAUAUGUUUUUUAAGCAACAUGUGGAACGGUUUUGAAGGGGGAGGGCUUACCAAAUUAUAUAAAAUAUGUCGGUGAAAAAUUACUCUGUUUCAUGGGAUGCUCCCCUGCAGUAGGUCAGAGUGCCUUCUGUUCUUUAAGAUGGAUCCAGGUGAAGUCUCUUCAUAUUAAAAUUCCAAUUAGAAUGAUAAAAUUAGUACUUCAUUACUAUAAGUACAUGAGAAAGUAAAAAGCACUUUGAAAAAUUUUGAAGAUACAACGGUUUGUACCAUUAUGAAAAAAGUUUCUUGCUUUGGUGUUGGGAGGAAACAUUCUUUACUGUGGGGUACCCCAAACGAGGAGCCGUAUGUACAGGUAACUUUGUCAAAGCAUUUGGUACCACAGAAAUAAGUUUGAGUUUGACAAAUUUGACUUGGUAGAAGCAUAUGACACAUGUUUUGCAUAUCCUGGAACAUGUAACACAAAGCUUAAGCAAUCAUCAUAGAACAUUGUUUCAAAGAUUGAUUGCAUCGGCUACUGCAUACAAAUAAUCAUAAAUCAGGCAUGGGAUUAAUCGCUAAACUUUGUGUUAUGGGAUCCUGAGCCUCUUAACAUAAAAUUUCAGGAUCUCGUAACACAUAGGUUAGCGAUUAAUCGUAUGCUUGAUUUUCAGGAUUGAUUGUACAUUGUAGUCAAUGCAAUCAAUCGUAGAAAAAUGUUCUACGAUCAUCGCUAAGCUUUGUGUUACGGGCCCCAGAUAUUGAUUAUCUAUUCUGGUUGUACAAAAUAAUGCAAUCAAUCAUAGAACUCAGCUCCAUGAUCAAUUGCUAAGAUUUGUGUUACAGGGCCCUGGUCUAAAUUAUUGUUUCAAUUUGGGGGGUGUUUCACAAAGAUUAAAGUAUGACUUAAGUCGCACUUUAAUGCCAACGCGUACAUGAUAUGCAACGCACAAUCUUAUUGAUCUAUACGCAGUAGUGUGCAUCCUCUUUGCAUGAUCUGACCUUUAGUGCCUUUUAUACUGCACGCAACUCGGCAUUUAAGUGCGAUUCUAAGUCAUACUUAAAUCUUUGUGAAAUGCCCCCAGGUCAACUUAUUAAAGCAAGUUUACCUGUGUUUAACUCGAUAAUGGCUGAUGGAUGAUUGAUCAUAAACUUGGUUGGCAUUGUGAUGUAAAUCAUGUGCUCGUUGUCCAUCACGCUGCGAAUUCAUGAUCAUUGAUGUAUGAUAAAUUUCACAAUUAUUAAAAAACCAAGCCUUAUUUAUAAGGUGAAAAACA